CUUGGAAGUCUUUUUAGACCUGUCUUAGAGCUUCUUAGACACGAUAAUUCUUUGAUUUUAUUCCAUUAGGAGCGGCAAUGGGUGCACGGUAUGCACUCAUCGACGAGGGUCACUUUGCCCGCUGCAUAUGAGGUCGCUGAAAUAGAUAAUCUCGCUCUUCUCAUAGCUAAUAUGCUUGAACGAUUGAUCGCUCAUAAUGACAAGAUACCCCUUCUGCCCGAGAGCCUCACCCGAUUUCACUCGAGAGCCGUACCAAACAUCAGCGUCCUCGAUUAUCUCCGACGCAUAAUCAAAUGGACAAAAGUGGAGAAAUCAUGCCUUCUCCUCACUCUACACUACGUCGACCAAAUCUGCGCCCGCAUCCCUCUCUUCACCCUAUCCUCCCUCACCUGCCACCGCUUCAUCAUCGCAUCCAUCACAGUCUGCAGCAAAGGCCUCUGCGACUCCUUCUGCACAAACGCCCUCUACGCCCGCGUAGGCGGCAUCCCCGUACCAGAACUAAACGUCCUCGAACGCGAAUUCCUUCGCGCAAUAGACUGGCGCUUAAUGUGCACACGCGAAGUCCUUCAGGAAUAUUACAUCAACCUCAUCAGGACGGAUAGCACGGGGAGCUUUAUGCUCGAAGGCGCAGAGUCUGAGAUAGAGGAUAGCGAUAUGGACAGCGUCUCCUCUCGCUCGGCGUCUCCUAUGGACGCACAAGUCCGCCAUCGCCCGUCGUUCAGCCUCCUAGGCAACCGUGACCGCGAGUCUUCAUCCGACACCGCGACGCUCGCACCGCAGGGCCCUACAAUCGAACAGAACAUGGCGUUCGCUGCAUUACAGCAUUCAUGGAACAAGCCUCCAUAAGAAGUAUAACUUUUGGUGCUUUUUUGUUCUUACGUACCAAUGCAUUGUACGUACGCACGCACGCACACGCCUUCGUCAUCGAACUCGACCUCAUCAUUUUUCGUCAUCGAGGCUCAUCAUUAUCGCGCCAUAGACGCGACAUUUAGUCAUCCCACGCAUCAACCCACUCUCACGCUCUCCCCUUGCCCAUAGCCAUUACAUUUUUCCAAGUUUCUGAAGACUGCAUACAUAC